ACCUUGCCCCGGAGCACGCGAGCGCGCCGGGAAACCCUCUUCGCCGGCACUCCAGCCUGCGCCACCCCCGCGGGCUCAUGCAGCCGCCAAGGGAGAGGCUAGUGGUAACCGGCCGAGCUGGAUGGAUGGGUAUGGGGAGAGGGGCAGGACGCUCAGCCCUGGGAUUCUGGCCGACCCUCGCCGUCCUUCUCUGCAGCUUCCCCGCAGCCACCUCGCCGUGCAAGAUCCUCAAGUGUAACUCGGACUUCUGGAGCGCCACGGCAGGCGGCCACGCGGAGGACGCCCCCGAGUUCUGCACGGCGCUGCGCGCCUACGCCUACUGCACGCGGCGCACGGCCCGCACCUGCCGGGGCGACCUGGCCUACCACUCGGCCGUGCAUGGCAUAGAGGACCUCAUGAGCCAGCACAACUGCUCCAAGGACGGACCCACCUCGCAGCCGCGCCUGCGCACUCUGCCCCCGGCCGGCGACAGCCAGGAGCGCUCGGACAGCCCCGAGACCUGCCACUAUGAGAAGAGCUUCCACAAGCACCUGGCGGCCCCGAACUACACGCACUGUGGCCUCUUCGGGGACCCGCACCUCAGGACUUUCACAGACCGCUUCCAGACCUGCAAGGUGCAGGGAGCCUGGCCGCUCAUCGACAACAAUUACUUAAACGUGCAGGUCACUAACACGCCUGUGCUGCCCGGCUCGGCUGCCACUGCCACCAGCAAGCUCACCAUCAUCUUCAAGAACUUCCAGGAGUGCGUGGACCAGAAGGUGUACCAGGCAGAAAUGGACGAGCUGCCGGCCGCCUUCGCUGACGGCUCCAAGAACGGCGGGGACAAGCAUGGGGCGAACAGCCUGAAGAUCACCGAGAAGGUGUCGGGCCAGCAUGUGGAGAUCCAGGCCAAGUACAUCGGCACCACCAUCGUCGUGCGCCAGGUGGGCCGCUACCUGACCUUUGCCAUCCGCAUGCCCGAGGAGGUGGUCAACGCCGUGGAGGACCGGGACAGCCAGGGCCUCUACCUCUGCCUGCGGGGCUGCCCCCUCAACCAGCAGAUCGACUUCCAGGCCGUCCACGCGGCCGCCACCCCCGCAGCCCCCGAGACCUUCCCCUAUGAGACAGCAGCAGCCAAGUGCAAGGAGAAGCUGCCCGUGGAGGACCUCUACUACCAGGCCUGCGUGUUUGACCUGCUCACCACGGGCGACGUGAACUUCACCCUGGCUGCCUACUAUGCCCUGGAGGACGUCAAGAUGCUGCACUCCAACAAGGACAGGCUGCAUCUGUAUGAGAGGACUCAGGAGCUGCCCAACCCGGCGGCCGCUGCACCCCCAUCCCUGGCCCCCAGAGCCCUGCUUGGCAGCCUCCUCCUCGCUCUUCUCCCCACAUUCUUAUAG